GCUGGCGGAGCAUUCAACCCCAAACAAGUCGCUGAUCAAUUCAAGGAGGAUAACGGAGUGCUUGUCGUCUAUAAUUACGUGGAAGAACACGGGUUCCCCGAGUCAAGAUUGAUGACCAUCGCUUCACCAGGAUACUUUCUUUCCACUACUACGGACCUUGCAGGGAAUGGGAUCAGUGAAGCAUUGUGCAGCGCAAAUUGCUUCUGCCGUCAGGGGUACGACUCAUUCCAGGAAGACCCGCAACGGAACACCCCUGAAACAGGGUGCUACUCGAGGAAGCAAGCCCAAGCUACAUACACACUGGCGACCAGCCAAUGCAGAACGGAGGGUGGUGUUGUUGCCCUCGCGAAAACUCCGAAUGAAACGGAAUACCUAGCU